CGCCUAUUUUCACAACCUCCCAUCAUACACAAUGACAUUCGCGUGGAAAGCGUCAGGUCUCACCUACAACAAGUACCUCUCGGUCGCAGCACGAGUCGUUCGACGAAGCUUGAAGGAUGACAAGCGAUUGGCAGCUGAGAGAAGAGGGGAGAUGGAACUGAGAUUCGCCAAGUGGAAUAACGGAAAGCAAGGCGAUAACAAGAGUGUUGCGGAUGCAAACGCUGCGUCGAUGGCAGAAGCUAGCACGCAGUCAUCGUAGGUGUAUAGAGACGUUGAGGGAUGGAAGAGAGGCGGGUGGGAGAGCUUUGCGGGAUGAGCAGUAGAAAGGGAUUGUACAUUGUAUCAUUUGAUGCCUAGGGGGCUCAUCAAUUCGAAAAUCGUUCGACUAGCAUCCCCUGUGCCUUGUUUCGAUGUGAUAUGAGAAGUGAGGAGCGAUACAUAUGCUCACACUUGCUCCAAAGAAUCAAGUUCCGGCCGGACGGAGUUGCUGGAGUAUGAUACCGAAGACUAUGCGUACUCCUGUUUGAAAUUUAAAGGGGCUAAAAGGGCUAGAAUCCCAGCAGAAGGAUCUUUAGGUG